AUGACAGUCGAUAGCAAGCCCCCCUCGGUGACCUUGGCCCAAGGCCAGGUAGUUGGCACGCAACUCAAGGACAAUUUCCCACAAACAGUGGACGCCUUCUUGGGAGUGCCAUACGCGUUGCCUCCUGUUGGAGAUCGGCGAUUCAGACCUGCAGUGAAAGUUGCGAGCUCAUCAGACACUAUCGAUGCAUCCAAAUACGGCCCCGCAGCCCCAGGGAAAGCAUUGCUAUCGGGCGGACCGAAACUGGAGCAGAGUGAAGACUGUUUGACCGCGAACGUUUUCCGGCCUGCCAGUGCUGGAGAUGGGCAGAAGCUUCCAGUCGCAGUCUAUAUCCAUGGCGGUGCCUUUAACCGUGGAGCGGCGGCGACGCAUGACACCGCGUCUAUGGUGGCAUGGUCCGAAGAACCGUUCGUGGCCGUGAGUUUUGGCUAUCGCAUUGGAGCGCUUGGAUUUUUGCCAUCGAGUCUCUCCGAGAAGGAAGGAUUGCUGAACCUGGGAUUGCGUGAUCAAAUUCAUCUGUUGGAGUGGGUUCAGGAGAACAUUGGCCAAUUUGGCGGUGAUGCUGGGAAAGUGACUCUAUUCGGUCUCUCGGCCGGGGCACACUCUAUCGGCCACCUCCUGCUCAAUCGCAACGCGACCCCCUUGUUCCACCGUGUUAUCAUCGAAUCGGGCGCCCCCACUUCUCGCGCCGUUCGCCCAUACAAUGCGAAAGUCCACGAAGAACAAUUCCAAGAUUUCCUUCGGGAAGUCGGAUGUCCUGCAGAUCUAUCCGAAUCUGAGAUAUUCCCUUUCCUCCGGUCGUUGCCAAGCUUAACCGUGACCAACGCCCAAACAGCUGUCUUUGGCAAAUACAACCCCUCGCUGCGAUGGGCAUUCCAGCCCGUAAUUGAUGGGGACACAAUUGCCCGCAAGCCCCUAGAUGCAUGGAACUCCAAGAUUUGGAAUAAAGUACCUAUAAUGACCGGCUUCAACGGAAACGAAGGUACCAUGUACGUCGACAAGCAAAUGUCCAAGGGCUCUCAAUUCCGCCAGUUCUGGGAGAACUUGCUCCCAGAACUUUCAUCUUCAGAUCUGGAUACUAUUGAAAAGCUUUACCCCGAUCCCUCGGUGGAUUCAUCCUCGCCAUAUCUUGAAACCAGGGACGGUGAGGGUCUCGGUGCCCAAUACAAACGUAUCGAGGCUGCAUAUGGUCACUAUGCCUAUGUUGCGCCAGUUCGCCAAACUGCGGAGUUUGCGUCAUCCCAGGGGGCCCCUGUGUAUCUUUAUCAUUGGGCACUUCCGCGAACACUUGUUGGUCGUGCCAAUCAUGGAGAUAACAUGUAUUAUGAGACAUACAACACUAGCAUUACGGGGAUUUCGAAAUCACAAAGGGAGUUAUCGGGGACUCUGCAUGCUUACCUGACCAGCUUUAUUACCAAGGGUGAUCCUAAUGCUGUCCGCGGUCGGUAUGGCGAGAGACCGGAAUGGAAGCCCUUCAAGCCCGAGGAUAACAAGGUUAUGAUCUUUGGAGAGGGCAACGAGGAAUUGAUUGGCGGGGAUACUGCUCCUCCUGCUAAAUGUGUUGCAGACGACUGGGCAAGGGAUGAAACUAAAUUCUGGUGGUCGAAGGUUCCAAUUUCUCAACUUGCUUGA